CAGUUGACCUGGUCCGGCUGCCUCCCACAACCUCUGACCGUUCCCCUCCAGGACCCUCAGAGAGAUCUGCGAGGAUGGAAGGAGGAAGAUGGACGGUUGACCUGGUCAGGCUGUCUCCCACCACCUUUGAAUGUUCCCUCCCAGGACCUUUAGAGAGAUCUGCAGGUGAUGAACACGACAGUCAUUGUUCUCGGGUCUCAUCAGAAAGAAAUAAGCAUGAAGUCAAAGGAAGGACCUUUCAAGAUCAAGAGGAAACAAGACCACAAGAGAAAAACCAAGAAGAAAAUAGGAGGUAUGAAGGCCUUCUAAUGCAGACUGAUAACGGCCAUCGAAUCCCAGUCCAGAAAAAACAUCAGAAGGGGAAGAGAACAAAUGGGAGACCUUUAUGUGGCAAAACAUUCCAAAGUAAAUCUAGGUUCAAUUCACACUGCAGAAUCCACACAGAGGAGAAACCGUGUGAAUGCUUGGUGUGUGGAAAGAACUUCAGUGACAGCUCAGGCCUAAAAUCACAUGAAAAAAUUCACGCAGGACAGGAAUCAUACAAAUGCCUAGAAUGUGGAAAGGGUUUCAAUCGCCACUCAAACCUUAAAAGACAUCAGAAAGUCCACAGUGAGGAGAAACCAUAUUCCUGUCUAGAGUGUGGAAAGGCCUUCAUUUACAGCUCAGGCCUUGUAGAUCAUCAAAAAAUUCACACAGGGGAGAAACCGUAUACCUGUUUGGACUGUGGAAAGACCUUCUGUCAAAGCUCAAACCUUGCAUCUCAUCAAAAAACCCACACAGGGGAGAAGCCAUAUAAAUGUUUGGAGUGCGGAAUGAGCUUCGCUCAUGGCUCAAGUCUUACAUUGCAUCAAAGAAUUCACACUGGGGAGAAAUCUUAUAAAUGUUUGGAGUGCGGAAGGAGCUUUGCUCACAGUGUUAGCCUUACUACACAUAAGAGAACCCACACAGGGGAGAAACCAUAUAAAUGCUUGGAAUGUGGAAAGUGCUUCAGCCAGAGUUCACACCUUAGUUCACAUAAGAGAACUCACACUGGUGAGAAGCCGUAUAAAUGCUUUGAGUGUGGGAAGAGCUUCAGUCAUAGUUCACAUCUUACUGUGCAUGAGCGAAUCCAUACAGGGGAAAAACCAUAUAAAUGUGUGACAUGUGGAAAGAGCUUUAGUAACUCCACAUCACUUGUUAUCCACCGCAGCAUCCAUUCAGAAGAGAAGCCAUAUAAGUGCUUUGAGUGUGGAAAGAGCUUCCGGCAUGGUACAGGCCUUCAUAAACAUCAAAAAAUUCACAGAGGUGAAAAACCGUAUGCAUGUUUUGAGUGUGGAAAGAGCUUCACUCACAGAUCACAGUUUAAAUGUCAUCAAAGAAUUCACACAGGGGUGAAACCAUAUACCUGUUUUGAAUGUGGAAAGAACUUCACUGAAAGCUCAAGCCUUAGAUCUCAUCACAAAGUUCACACAGGGGAGAAACCACAUAAAUGUUUGGAGUGUGGAAAGAGAUUUGCACAUGGAUCUGGCCUUACUUCUCAUAAAAGAAUUCACACAGGGGAGAAACCAUAUAUAUGUUUGGAGUGUGGAAAGAGAUUUGCACAGGGAUCUGCCCUUACUUCUCAUAAAAGAACUCACACAAGGGAGAAACCAUAUAAAUGUUUGGAGUGUGGAAAGAGAUUUGCACAGGGAUCUACGCUUACUUCUCAUAAAAGAACUCACACAGGGGAGAAACCAUAUAAAUGUUUGGAGUGUGGAAAGAGAUUUGCACAUGGAUCUACUCUUAUAUCGCACCAAAGAAUUCACACAGGAGAGAAAUCUUAUAAAUGUUCGGAGUGUGGAAGGAGCUUUGCUCACAGUGCUAGCCUUACUUCACAUAAGAGAACCCACACAGGGGACAAACCAUAUAAAUGCUUGGAAUGUGGAAAGAACUUCAGUCAGAGUUCACACCUUAGUUCACACAAGAGAACUCACACUGGUGAGAAGCCGUAUAAAUGCUUUGAGUGUGGGAAGAGCUUCAGUCAGAGUUCACACCUUACUGUGCAUGAGCGAAUCCAUACAGGGGAAAAACCAUAUAAAUGUGUGACAUGUGGAAAGAGCUUUAGUACCUGCACAUACCUUGUUUGCCAUCGCAGAAUCCAUACAGGAGAGAAGCCAUAUAAGUGCUUUGAGUGUGGAAAGAGCUUCAGCCAGGUUACAAGCCUUCAUAUACAUCAAAAAAUUCACAGAGGUGAAAAACCGUAUGCAUGUUUUGAGUGUGGAAAGAGCUUCACUCAAAGCUCAAGCCUUAAAUAUCAUCAAAGAAUUCACACAGGGGAGAAACCAUAUUCCUGUUUUGAGUGUGGAAAGAACUUCAGUCACAGCACAAGCCUUACAUCGCACCAAAGAACUCACACAGGGGAGAAACCAUAUAAAUGUUUGGAGUGUGGAAAGAGAUUUGCACAUGGAUCUACGCUUACUUCUCAUAAAAGAACUCACAUGGGAUAAACCAUAUAUAUACUUGGAAUGUGGGAAAAGAUUUGGUCAGAUUUCACUACUCAUUUUGC